AUGCCGUCAAACAAGGCGCUGCGCUCUCAGUCUCCAUUGCUCUCCAACCCUACGGUUCCGUCGAACGUUUCGUCAGCUGGAGCAACUGACGAACAUCUAGAGGAGCCAGAUACGGUAGUAGAAGUGAUUCCUUUAGGGAUUCGAAAAAAGCUUUACAUCUCUCAUUUUCUUUCAACAUGGAAUUCCCGAGUCUUCGAAUUCGGCGCCGUCUUAUACCUCGCAUCCAUCUUUGAAGGGACUUUGUUGCCCAUGUCCAUCUACGCCUUGGCUCGUGGUAUCUCCGCAAUAUUGUUUUCACCAACCAUCGGUCGCUACAUCGAUACAAGUGACCGUAUUCAGGUCGUGAGGCUCUCAAUAGUUUUACAACGUCUGGUUGUCGCAGGGUCUUGUGUUAUAUUCUGGUUCCUCGCUGGCGACUGGCAAUGGGUGCGGACUUCCAUGCCGUUCAUCCUGGCCGUACUGGUAGUGCUGGCCUGCAUCGAAAAAUUAUGUGCCAUUUUGAACAUGGUGUCCGUCGAGAGAGAUUGGGUGGUUGUCAUCGCGAACCAGAAUGACAGCAGUCUUAGAAUGCUAAAUGCCCAAAUGCGACGCAUUGAUCUGUUCUGCAAGCUUGCGGGGCCUUUGUUCAUUUCACUUAUCGAUGGCAUAUCGACUGAAGUGGCAAUACUGAUAAACAUGGGUAUGAACGUGGCAUCAAUAGCCGUCGAGUACUAUGCUAUUGCCCGGGUGUACAAGAGUGUACCGGCACUUCAAGAACCGAGACCUUCGCGUAAUGCCAACGAGCUUGAAGCAGACGAAAGACGCACCGUUUAUAACACUAAACAUUUCAUGGAUACAGCGCGGGUCACAUUGAGAGGACACAUUGCCUAUAUUCGUCAUCGGGCUUUUCUUCCAUCAUUUGCAGGGACUCUACUCUACCUCACUGUGCUCUCUUUUGGAGGUCAGAUGGUCACCUACCUUAUUUCGGCCGGUUACAACUCAAUGCAUAUUGGCGUUGCAAGGGCGGUUUCUGUAGCGUUUGAGCUAUCAUCGACCUGGAUCACACCAAAGGUCAUGUCGUGGAUCGGCCCUAUUCGCACAGGGAUAUGGUUUGUUAACUGGCAAGCUCUUUGCCUAGCGGCUGGCGUGGCUGCUUUCUGGACAAUUGCAUCUCCACUCCUUUCUGCUUCUGCCCUUGUUGGGGGCACCAUCCUUAGCCGCGUUGGCCUUUGGGGAUUUGAUCUAUCAACUCAAAUUAUAAUCCAAGAGGAAGUCGAAGCAGAGAACAGAGGAUCCUUUUCCUCCAUAGAAACCUCCUGGCAGAACGUGUUUGAGCUUUGCUCCUACGUUGCUACAAUUGUUUUUUCCAAGCCGGAACAAUUCCGAUGGCCGGUCCUGAUAAGCUUCUUGGCUGUCUCUACUGCUGGAAGCUUAUAUGCUUGUUUCGUUAGAUCAAGGAGAGGUCAUCUUUUUCAUCUCUCUCCGUGUAUCGAGCGAAAGAUGCAUUCCCCUGCUCAGGAGUAUGAGAGGAUCGUGGAACCACGAAUUCCGUAGCCGCCAGAGUACAAAUAUUACCAAGGCAUGGUUAUCGAUGUAGAAUAACGAG